AUGAGGGCUAACUUACUUCAUUUAGCGAAUGUGAAUGAGUCAAGACGCAGCAGGGUUAACAAAAAAAAGAUUCCAUCAAAUCAGCAUAUAUUGAAAGAAACAAAGAACAAUGAUCUUUUACUCC